AUGUUUCUAUCUCUCCCUUCCUCUCUGAAAUCAAUAAAAAUAUAUUUUUUUAAAAAGAAAGCCAGGGUCAAAUACCUCGUUGAUUAUUGUUAUAUUUAUUACAUGUUGAACCAAUAAUAUUGGAAUAUUUAGAGUUAAAAUAUUAUUAAAGUUUAUUUUACCUGUUUCUCUGUUUUUUUAAUGAGACGCCUGGGAAAUAUAAAAUUACAUAGAAGCUCUUAUUUGAGGCUGACAUGAUAUUUCUAUUGAACAAUGCUGACCUAGAGGCUAUGGGAGCCAGAACUAGGAGGAAAAAGGCACCGAAAAGCCCCAUCUCAGAAAAUAACACCUCUUCCUACAGCCCCCAAACCUGCCUCAUUCAGACCAAGGUUCAGCCUAAUUAAUGAAAAAAGUGCUUGCUAAGCCAACUAAUUAUUAAUACAAAUGAAUUACAGUGGAAAGUGUAUAAAGAUAAUUUGUUGUAAGACACCAUGUACAUAUAGCAAUUAAAGUGGUGAGUGCUUCUCCACUCAUUAAGGCAGGCCCUCGAGGCCCUACAAUGGGAAGAAAAUCACCAGCCAGCAAGCUACCCAGAGGAAGCAUGCGUAGAGCACCUAAGUUCUGAGGAGGAUGCAGGCACAGGGUGGUGCCAAUCUGGGCUUGGUAUUACCCACCCUGGGAAGGAAUGAGGGGGAAGUGAGCCAGGGAAGUUGGCUCUUUCCCCAAGUCGAUGGUCUUCCUCCUGGUCCAGAUUUGCAUGCAUUUCCACCCGGGUCUGUCCCCACUCCCCAGCUGUGAGUGGGCAGAGGUACUUUUCUGGGUGCCGCCUCCCUCCUCCCUCAGUGGUUCUGCCAUCCAUCAGAUCUUCCUUCCUUCCCACCAGCCUCCUCUGUGGUAUGUGGUCAGGGUGGUUUCCAUCACACAGGCCACCUCUCUGUUUCCCAAAGAUAACACAAUCCGUGUGGGUGUUUGCUCGCUGGUGCUGUUAUCUAAGAUCAACACAGCGGUUCCUACCUCCAGAGGCCUCCAAGGUCAGGAAAAAGCAGAGGCUUCGUGUCUCGGUUGGUGCCUGGUCACCAUAGUUGGGGUUUUGGGUGGUUUCCUUCUGGUGGGGGCGAGGGUGGCUGUGAACAAGCUGUGGGUCUUCUCCCCACCCGUCUCCACCUUCAGCCCUCUGGCCCUAAGCUCGGGUGGCUGUCAGGGGGAAGCCCCCGCCGCAGCUGGUGAUGUUUUUCAGCAGGAGGUACUCAGUCCCUCACAUUCUACUGAGGGGCUGUCCAGCCCCUCCUGGGCCUCCACUGUCCCGAGAGUCUCUACAUGGGUCCUGUGCCCCCUGAAGUCAAUCGUCAAGUCGGGUGGCAUUUAACCAUCAGCUGUUCUACUGCCUCAAGACCUCCCCCUAACUGGUUCUCUGCCCCAGGCCCACCCUGCUUGGAGCACACUGACUUUCCUGGAAGCAGGAAGGAGAGAGAGCACUGGAUUAGGCUGGGUGGCUUUGGGGGAAGUUGUGUUUUUUCUUCCAGUGAAAUAAAAGGUCCAGCAUCCCAAGUCUUUAAGGCUUUCCAACUCGCUCAUGAUUCUAUGCUCUGUCCCUCCUGUUAAAGACCCUUCAGCGGGCUCCCUCCUGCACAUAAAGCCCACACUCCUUGUGCCAGCAGCUUUCGAGGCAGUGCAGAGCCUGACCCCAACUCCUUUGAGGCCUUUCUUUUGGCCUCCUCCCACCACCACCAUCCUCCAAGCCACCCAGCCUUCUCACUGUUGUCCCCAACAGUCUACACCAUGCCUCUGUUUGCUCCCAUCACUCAUGCCACUCUGCUUGCAGCGAUGCCCUCCCUUCAAAGCCUGCUCCAUUGCCACCAUCUGCCUCUUGCACGGAGCCCCAGCCUGAAGUGAGCUCCUCCUGGGACUUUGAUACAGACAUUGCAUUCAACCCUAGGAGUCACUGCUUGGGCAUCCAAUAGAUGAAGCACUCGGACAGGUUAAGGUUAGUUAACCCUUCAUCCAAGAACGUGUGACCAUCACACAUGCUUGGCACAAGGUCUUGGGCCUGAUACAAAAAUACUUGUCAUCUGUACGCUGCCUUACAGAUUAUAAGAAUCCUCAAAACCACUGAGAGGCAGCCCUGCCACAAGGGGGAUUAUUAGUGAUCUGCCUAACGCCAACAAAUUUGAGUAGUUAGUUGUGCCAAUAGCAGGUCACAGCCCUUCUGCCUUCAGAUCCAAUCUGUUCCCUCAGAACUGGGCUGGGGGAGGGGAGGCAAGCCCACAAGAAACACCAAGCCAUGCAGAGCCAUCAUGCCUCACCCAGGGGGAAUGACUGAGGUUUAACCACUGAUUAAAAUGAUCCCUACACCUGCUCCUUAGAGGACAGUUAGGAGCUCAUGCUGCCGACCCUCCGAGCAGUUUCCUCAUCUGUAAAGAGGGACUUCCCUCACUGGGGAGGCAGAAUUACAUGAGCCAGGCUCCCUUGUGCUCCAGAGGCUUGUGGGAGCCAGAGCAGCGUCAGUCACAGAACUGCAGGGGCAGGACUAGAAAGCUUAGAAAGCUAAUGACGGUAAACUCGCUCUAUCCAGGGCGGAGGGAGUUCAGAAAGUAGUGAAGACUACAGUCAUGCCACCCUGAACGCGCCCAAUCUCAUCAGAAAGUCGUGAGAUCUCACAGAGCAGCAAAGCCAGCCUGGACCCCCCCUCCUCCCUCCCACCGAAACCAGGGCCAGGGCCAUCUGUGGACAGCUGGAGCAGAUGGCCACCCCAAGCCAACCCAACAAUCUCUCUGGGCAUUUAACCUCCAUUGUUGAUUUCUACCCAGAGGACCAAGGAAUGUAAAUCAGCCCCUGGAAACUAGGCUGCCCUGAGAUGAGGUUGCUGGUUUAAAACAAACACAAGGCUUCCUAUAUAAGGACCAGCCAGCCACCAGGCGUCACCUCCGCCAGGAAUCCCAGGCCCAUCUGUCCCAAGCCAGCUGAGGCCAUGCCUUCCCCGGGGACCAUCUGCAGCCUGCUGCUCCUCAGUGUGCUCUGGGUGGACUUGGCCAUGGCAGGCUCCAGCUUCCUGAGCCCCGAACACCAGAAAGCGCAGCAGAGAAAGGAGUCCAAGAAGCCACCAGCCAAACUGCAGCCCCGAGAGCGAGAGCUCGAAGGCUGGCUCCGCCCAGAAGACGGAAAUCGGGAGGAAGGGGCAGAGGAUGAGCUGGAAAUUCGGUUCAACGCCCCCUUUGAUGUUGGAAUCAAGCUGUCAGGGGCUCAGUCCCACUGGCAUGGCCAGGCCCUGGGGAAGUUUCUUCAGGACAUGUUUUGGGAAGAAGCCAAUGGUAAGUCCCUGCCCGGGUCAGGUCAAUUCAGAGUUUUCUCAGAGUCCCAAAUGUGAGCCCACAUUACGGGUGACACAAGAAAAGUUCUCUUCCCUGACCCCUGCCUCUCAAAGAGCUUCUAAUUCCUCGUUCCCAAAUAGCGGCAGGAGUGGGCGGGGCUGGUAUUUGAGUGGCUCCGAGGGUGUUGAGCCCAGUUUUUGUAUUCAAAGAGGGUACUAAGUUCUGAGAACUAGCUUUGGAGCCCCAGUGAACCCCAAUUUCCGCAACCAUAAAAUGGAGCUAACACCCCUAAUAGAGUAUAAAAUUAUUUGAUGUUAGAACACCUUUACUGUAUAAUUUUACUUCACAAACAACAGGAAUUAGUGCUACAAUUGCAUUCAGAAGAAUGGGCUCCACAGCCAGUUAAGCAAAGUUUUUUCUGUUUUUAUUUGAAUUCCCUCUUACCUUGUAAAGAAACCACUCAACUUUCCCCUGAUCAAGGCCACUGGAAGCACCUUACAACCUGCAAAGCACUUCUGUCACCAACAUGGCAUCACCUAACCCAUCCACUACUCGAGGCAGACAGAGAAUCGCACUCACCCUUCCAUGCAGAUAAGGAGACCAAGACUCCGAGCUUUUAGUGACUUGCCCAAGUCACAGCCCAAGGCUUCCCCCAUUACAAGACACCACCUCACCAGUCACCACUGUGUAAGAAAACCAUCUUUGAUGGCACUGGCCAGAUAGCAGACUCAGAAUUUUGACAUCUACACCCUUGCUUUUCAGAGGUCCCAGCAGACAAGUGACCAUCCACAGGACGGGCCCACCUCUUUGUUUUCCUACUACCCUUAGAAGUGCUCACCGUGGCUUUUAGAUUGCUUCUACAACUCCCAGCUCUGAGUGGUACUAGCUUAGGAGCUGAAUAAAUAUUCAAAAUGUGUGCUAAAUGUUCAUAAUGAGAAUUAUUUCACCAAAGAGGAAAAUGUCACUGGAAAAAUAAGUCUUGUUCUAUGGUCAAUGGAAAGAGAAAAGAAGGAUAUGUAGCAAGGCAGGUGUGCACACUCAGAAAACCACACUAGACCACCUCAUACAAGCAGAUAGACUACUGGGUGUGUGUGCCAGAAGAGGAGUGGAGGAGAGAGAGACAAAGAAUAAGAAAGAGGGGAAAGGGAAGAGAGGGGAGAAGAGGAUAGGGAGGGGAGAAAGAAAGACACAGUUCCUUUAAAUAUCAAAGUGCAACGUUGCAAUGAGAGCUUAUUAUCAAGGACUGUGUGGCCCUAGCUGGUUUGGCUCAGUGGAUAGAGCAGUGACCUGUGGACUGAAGAGUCCCG